GAGUAUUACCACACUUGCUAGACAACUUUUGUCGAGGCGCGUUGUAUUGUAUUAAAGUAUAAAAAUAAAGUGCAAAAUGAGGGAACACUUUGGUUGCGGAAGGUUCAUGGAAACGCGUGAUUUACCAUGCCAUAGUUUCGGCUUAUAUGGACAUGGUCCACGAGGUCCAUCUCCGUCCGAUCAGCAUUGCGGUCCGCACGGUUUCGGACAUCAAAGAAUUGGUCCGUUUGGAUUUGGUCCACAUUGGCAUGGUCCACACCAUCAUGGACAUCAUGGUCAUCACGGACAUCAUGGGCAUCAUGGACACCAUAAAGAGUUUGGUUUCUUCGGACACCAUUUUUGGGGGCCAUGGGGAAGAUUUGGACAUGAGAGACCUGGUUGUCGCGGAGAAGAACAUAAAGGAUCCUGCAGAGGCAUGUUUGGUCGUGGUCCAGAAGAGCGCAGAGAACACGGUUGCAACCGAAGAAAUAUGGACCAAAAUGCUGGAGAAGAGACUGUCUUAGUUCGUGGAAUUGUGAUAGAGAGGGGACGAAGACCAAAUUCAGUUUAAGAGGAACGAUAUAAAUCUGUAUGUCUGACAUAUACAUAUAUUAACAAAAAUAGAACAUAUUCCGGAUAUGAAAAAUUGUCGGCUAUAUUGAACCCACAAGUUACAUACAAAAAUCACAACGAUCAAUUCUUCCCCAUGGCUAUUUGAAAAUGGAUCAAACGAAAUCAAUGGCAUUUACAAUAUUGAUUUUCUAUCAAAUAUAUUUAAAAUAUUUCUAUGUUUGUAUUGAUUAGUUCUAGAAUAAACACCCUCAUAAAAUAUGGAAACAGAGGAUUUAAGGAAGUUCUAGAAGAAUUUAUUUAAGGACGAUAUCUUAAAGGAGACAAGAGACAGCGGAUACAAUAUUUUUAAGAAAUACGUUUAUUAUAAUGUUUAAUCAAAUGAUAUAAAAUAAAUUUAUAAGUAAUAA